AUGGACGCCCGCGCCCUCCUCCAAUCGCAAGGCUGGCGCGGAUCAGGCCACUCCCUCCACGCAACAGACGACCGCAUCGGCCUCUCGAAGCCGCUCCUCCUCAACCGCAAAGACAACACAAAAGGGCUUGGCACCAAGGCACAUUUCACGAGCGACACGUGGUGGAUGAACGCCUUUGACGAGCAGUUGCAGGGACUGGAUACUUCGAAACAAGGGCAGGUCACGCAGACGGUCACGACGGGGCGGCUGAACCAGAUUGAACAGGUGUCGGGGGGCAAGUGGAUGCUGUAUGCGAGUUUUGUAAAGGGUGGGUUUUUGGAGGGGACGAUUCAGGAGCUUGAGAGGAAGGUGAAGGAGGAGAAGGAGGAGGCGAGCGGUGCUUCGACGCCUGAGAGUGGGGGUACGAGUAGUUCUGAGAGCGGAGACGAGAAGGAGACGACAAAAAGAGUGGUGAAGGGCAAGGAGAAGAAGGAGAGGGGGGAGACCAAGGAGGAGAGGAGGGCGAGGAAGGCUGCCAAGGCGGCGAGGAAGACGGCGAGGGAGGCGAGGAGGGUUGAGAGGUCUGCGAAGAAGGCCUUGAAGGAGGAGAAGAGGGCGCGGAGGGAGGUGAAGAAGGUCAAGAGGGAAGCGAGGAAGGCGAAGAAGGGGGUGUCUGGUUGA